CCAUAAUAUGUGGAUCUACUGCAACAACUGGGGCGAUAAAAUGUGAAACGUUUUCGAAAGAGGAAGUGGAUAUUUGGUCAUUUUGGGAAAUUGCGACAUUUUCCAGUUCUGUCUGAAUGACAGAAAAUCAAUAGUAGGCACGUUGAGGGUUUCAGAGCAGAUAGGAGCCGCAGGGCGACUCACAGGAGAAGGGUUUUCCCACUUUUCCCCACACCAACACAGGGCGAGGACAAUAUGUGGACACUGGCUCUUCAGGUGGUUGUCAUUGGUUUAUACCUACAGGUACCAACAUGCUACCCAUCAUGCACUUUGUACAACCUUGUGGCUAAUUGCGGCUUCCAGCACCACUACUGGGUUCCUGCUCUGCCUCCCAACAUCACCCACCUGUUCUUGGAAAUGAACUACAUCAGUGAGAUCAACAGCAGCUCACUCAGAAGCUAUGACCAGCUGCAACAAUUAGAUCUUGGAAACCAGAAGGUGCAGCUCGUCAUAAGGAACAACGCUUUCCUCAGGCAGAGAAAACUGACCAGGUUGGUCCUAGGCUCCAAUCGUGGCCUUCAGAUGGAGCCAAGGGCUUUUGCAGGACUGUUCAAUUUACAACACCUCUUUUUGGAUUAUUGCGAUUUGACAGACUCCAUACUAGCGGAAAGCUACCUGGAGCCGCUUUUGUCCUUAGAAACGCUUGAUCUCUUCGCUAAUAAAAUAGUGAGACUCCGGCCAGGAAUGUUCUUUUCAAAACUCACACAUUUCACACAGCUAAACCUCAAACUGAAUAAGAUCGAAAGCUUAUGUGAAGAGGAUCUUGUUGGUUUCCGGGGGAAAAACUUCACACUCCUGAACUUGCAAUCCAAUCACUUCAGGUACAGUAGAGAUUUUGACUGGGAAAGAUGCGGGAACCCUUUCAGAGGGAUGGCCUUUAAUAUCCUUGACCUAUCCAGCAAUGGGUUCGACUGGGACAUAUCAAGACAAUUCUUUAAAGCGAUAGAUGGUACUCCGAUUGCUCAUCUUAGAUUCUCUGGCCGCAUGGGCAAAGGCUUUUCAUACGACAACCUUCCCGAUCCAGAUGAAAGCACAUUCGAAGGUCUCAUGAACAGUUCAGUUGAAAUUUUAGAUCUAUCUAGAAACGACAUAUUUGCUUUGCAGAAAGAUCUUUUAAGUCCUCUAAAGGAUGCAAUAAUUAUUGACAUUUCCGUUAACAAAAUCAAUCAGAUUAACAAAAAUGCCUUCAAUGGUCUUCAAGGACAUUUACGAAUGCUCAACCUGUCAUUCAACCUCUUAGGAGAAAUAUAUUCUCACACAUUCACCUAUCUGACAGAUCUCCGGGUGUUGGAUUUGUCUAACAACCAUAUUGGUGCAUUGGGAGACAAAGCAUUCAGUGGUCUUCCAAAAUUACGAGCAUUAUAUCUGACCGGAAAUUCACUGCGAAAUCUGGGCACUCCUGCGCAAUUACCAAACUUGGAUGUUCUUCUUUUAAAGGACAAUAAGUUGAAUUCUCUAUACAGAAUCGAUGAAUUGGGCAGGAACAGUAUCCAUGUGGACGUUUCAGACAACAGAUUAACAAAUUUACAGGAUGUUUAUUGGAUGUUAACUCAAUUCAGUCGUCUCCAAAAUUUAUUUUAUGGUGGCAACAUCAUCAAGUGGUGCAGUCGGGAAGUGACAGUACCUUAUAAUAAUAGCUUGCAAGUGCUGGAUCUGCAUGACAGUUCACUAAAUAUACUUUGGGCACAGGGGCAUUGCCUCGACCUGUUUGAUCAGCUAGAGAAUCUGCUCGGUCUAAAUUUAAGCCUCAACUCCCUUGCGACUGUCCCACAAGGUAUUUUCCGCGGUCUAGGCUCGAUCAUAGAGAUCGACCUCUCCUCUAAUGCUUUAACCUAUUUGCAGCCGGAUCUCCUUCCAGCCAGCCUGCAAAAACUCGACCUCUCAAACAACUUUUUGGCCUCCCCAGACCCUAUGACUUUUCGGUCUCUCAGCGUCCUCAGCCUGGCUGACAAUCGGUUCUACUGCGAUUGCAAACUGGAGAGCUUCCUGACGUGGCUGUACGUGACCAAUGUAAUCUUCCUGAGCCCCGUUGAGGAGUACAGAUGUGAGUUUCCAGCAGCCCUCCAAAAUCUCCCUCUGCUGGAUUACUUCGCGAUAAUCGAACCGUGUGAGGAAGACGACGAAAAGGCCGUCCAAGAUCUUAAAUUUGCUCUCUUCAUCUUCUCCACUCUCCUCAUUAUCACUGCCAUCCUCAGCGGGAUUGCUUACGCCCGUCUCCGAGGGCGCAUAUUCAUCAUCUACAAAAAGAUCGUCGGUAGGGUUCUCGAAGGACCAAAACCGCCGCCUCCUGUGGACAAAGUGCAGUACGAUGCCUUCUUCUGCUUUAGCAACAAUGACCAUGGGUGGGUAGAGGCUGCUUUGCUGAAGAAGCUGGAUAAGGAGUUUUCAGAGGAGAACCUCUUCCGCUGUUGUUUCGAGGCCAGAGACUUCCUGCCAGGUGGGGAUCACCUUUCUGACAUCAGAGAUGCCAUCUGGGGCAGCAGGAAGACUGUGUGCGUUGUCUCCAAAGAGUUCCUUAAAGAUGGUUGGUGCUUGGAGGCGUUCACUCUGGCCCAGGGCCGGAUGCUGGAGGAGCUGACAAACGUCCUGAUUAUGUUGGUGGUAGGGAAGGUGGCUCACUACCAGCUGAUGAAGUACAACGCAGUCCGAGCUUUCGUCCAGAGGAGAGAGUACCUAAUCUGGCCGGAGGACCCUCAGGACCUGGAGUGGUUUUAUGAGCGGCUCGUCUCACAGAUACUCAGAGACACGAAGGUGAAAGCGCUUGCAGAAGACAAACCGGAGCCUGCACAGUCUGACAUCCAACCUCAGAAUGAGGACAGCAUCCAGCUUGAGAACAUCAGUGCACUUGCUAUGUGAACUCUGACUGAUUGAAGAAACCCUAUUUUAACCAAGAUAAAAUAAACCCCGCUGAAGUGUUACUAGUAAACUUGUACUCAGGAUCCUUAGCAGGAUGAGGAAGAUGUUCUCACUGAAAUGCCUUUCUGAUUUUUUAAGGAAAAAAGUCAAAUGGGUCCCAACAUUCAGAGGAAGAAAAGGCAAAGACUGCUAAAAAAAGCCCUUUGUUUUUGAGUUCCACGGAACCAGAUGUAAAACAUGUCCUGUCCAGUUUUUACUUUUAAUUUCCAUGUACUUUGAUGAAAUGUGGCAUAAAUCAAUAUAUAAUUCCUUUUUUAAUUUUUUUGUUUCUGUUGUCAUCUUUUGUUAUAAAGCACUCCAUGACCCAACGACAUGUACAGUAUAACAAAAUGAUUGUGGGAUUUGUCAAUGUUAUCAUGUCAAUGGAAUUAAUAAUGUAUGUAAUGUAACAUUAACGUGUGUCCAAUUGAUUAAGUGUAAUUCAAAUUCAAUUCAAUUCAAAAAUGUGAUAACAAUGUUUGGUAAGCAUUUGGCAGCCGUUCUCACUAAUGUUGGUGCAAAUACGGCACUGAUCAUCCCUACUAGCUUGGAGGAGGAAGCAAAUCCCCAGCACGUCUUUGAAAUGUAGAAGAGAGAAAGUUCUUUAAUCACGGCUGGUGUAGCAUAACUGCAGCUCAAGGCAGACUAAACAUGGCGUGUUGAUACAGUGAUUGGCCAGUUUGGCUUGUAAAUAUAAGAGCUGCUGUUGAUCUUAUGAUCCCUAUGGUACAUAAGAACAUUUG